GCCGUCGUCCUCCCGCGCGCGCUCGCCUCAGCGUCUCCGCUCUGCCCUCCGCCUCUCCGCUCUGCCCCUUCCGACCUUCCCACCGCCGUCGAGAGAUUUAACCCACCGUUGAGCCGGUCUCGCUCUGUCGUUUCGUCUUUGGUCUUCUCUGCCCUCGUCUUCGAUCCAGUCUGCGAAACAUGCAACGGUGGCCCAAGCCCGUGUCCUUGAUCGUUAUCGUCGCCUUGGUGCUGUUACUCGCUGCGCUCUUCUCAAAGGUUCAUGACGAAAGCGCUCCGCUCCAUUCCUCAAGGCAUGGCGGUGACCUGAUCAGAGCUCACGGCGGCUCUUCGUCCCCCAGAAUCAUCAUGGAUACCCUCCGAGUGGUCAACUUCAGGUCGGCCGAGGCCUUCGAGACAAGCCCUAUUUUCAAGGGCGACAAGCAUCCUGACUACGAUCUUGUCGUCGAUGUCGGCACAUAUGACGGAGCUGACUUCACCAUCCCAGCGUACAAGAAAGGGUACACGGUGUUCUCCUUCGAGCUGAGUCCCCAAAACCAGGCCCUCACCCUCGAUAACUUUGCAAAGCUGGGACUGGCUCCGGGCAAAGACUACACCGUUGUCGAUGUUGUUCCCGGCACUGUUCCUGACGUCAAUACAUCCAAGCGACCACACAUCUACUUCUUCAAGGCCGGUGCCUCGAACCGAACCGUUGGCGUCAGCGCCGCCAAAGACGGCGUCUUCACCGAAGUUUCGCAUACCCCCGGCUCCCUCCCGAUCGUCCGCAUCGACGACAUCAUCCAGCCAAACGAGCGGGUGUAUUUGUUCAAGGUUGACGCUCAGGGCCACGAGUAUCCCGUCACCGACGGGGCUCGUCAACUGCUCCAAAACAACGUCCACUCGUUGCAAAUCGAGUUCUGGCCCACGGAAUCCAGAAGAACGGAGAUGAUCCCAAGAAGCUCCUCCACAACAUCUACGACUGGGGAUACCAGUGCUUCGAUAUGGCUUCCACUCGGACUACAUUCCGUACAACCGCCCAUCGGAUAUCAGUGGGUUCGUUGAUCAUCUUCUCACUGUGCCGCCGUCCAAAGACCCCAUCGGAGGCUGGGAGGACAUGAUCUGCAUCAAGUAGUAGUCCCAGCACUCCAUCCCGGACCACACGGGAAUAUGCUCGCGGGAACGUGCUCAUGGGAAGAUGUUCAUGGGAAUAUGCUCACGAGGGAGAGUACACCAAUACAUUUCAGCCCGUGGUGCGGCACCGGGAAGCCAGAGCCAUGUCCAUCAUAUGCCGAGCAGAUCAUUCCACAGGCUCAGUACGAGCCGUGGGUCGGAUUAGCCCACACCGAGGACUUGAGC